UUUUGGUGUAAUUUUAAUGUUCGCGCUGAAUUUUUUUUAUAAAAGCGAUGUAUAUCAAACAAGUUAUAAUUCAAGGAUUUAGAAGUUAUAGAGAUCAAACAUUGAUCGAACCAUUUAGUUCCAAACACAAUGUGAUAGUAGGCAGAAACGGAUCUGGAAAAAGCAACUUUUUUUAUGCUAUUCAAUUUGUUUUGAGCGAUGAAUUUAGUCAUCUUAGGCCUGAGCAGAGACAAGCUCUACUUCAUGAAGGAUCAGGCCCCAGAGUUAUAUCUGCCUAUGUUGAAAUAAUAUUUGAUAAUUCUGAUAAUAGAUUACCAAUUGAAAAAGAUGAAAUAUCUUUAAGGAGAGUUAUAGGAACAAAAAAAGAUCAAUAUUUUUUAGAAAAGAAAAUAGUUACAAAAACAGAUGUUAUGAAUUUGCUUGAAAGUGCUGGAUUUUCUAGAAGCAACCCAUAUUAUAUUGUCAAACAAGGCAAAAUUAACCAAAUGGCUACUGCACCAGAUUCUCAACGAUUAAAAUUAUUGAAAGAAGUAGCAGGUACAAGAGUCUACGAUGAAAGAAAAGAAGAAAGCAAAUUAAUAGUUAAAGAAACAGAGGGCAAGAGAGAAAAAAUAGAAGAAUUAUUGAAAUACAUUGAGGAAAGACUACAAACAUUGGAAGAGGAAAAAGAAGAACUAAAAGAAUAUCAAAAGCUUGACAAAUUGAAAAGAUCACUGGAGUACACAAUUCAUGAUCAUGAACUAAAUGAUACUAAAAGACAAAUAGAAGAGCUCUCAAGUAAAAGGGAAGAAAGUGGGUCAAAUGCUAACAAAUUGAGAGAUAUCUUACAAAAUGCAAGUUCUGAAGUUGAAAAAUAUGACAAACAAUUGAGGAACCACAAAUUAAAAAUGGAAGCCUAUCUAGAGGAAAGGGAAAUUUUGACAAACGAAAAAUCAGAACUCUUGAAGCGCAAAACUAACUUGGAAUUAACUAUAAUUGAUUUGGAGAAAGAAGUCGUGAGCGAUAAACUUGCAUGGACUCAAAUGGAGACGGAGAUGCAAAAGUUGGAAGAAAAUAUAUCUAGCAAACAAGCCGCUCUCAAUGAAUUAAUCCCGAAAUACGAUGAGCAAAGGCAAAGGGAGGAACAAUGUCAAAUACAGCUAAGCUUUAAAGAACAACGUAGAAAAGAACUCCUUGCCAAACAAGGCAGAGGCAAUCAAUUUACGAGUAGGGAGGAAAGGGAUAAAUGGAUUAACAGGGAAAUACGUUCCUUACACCAAGCCAUCAAUGAUAAGGAAGAUCACAUGAAAAGACUUCGGGAAGAAAUGAUUGAAGGGAAUGAGAGACUCAUUAAAUUACAAGGAAAUUUAAAGGAAAUGGAUCAAGAGAUUACUGUUUACCAUGAAAAUAUGGAGAAACAUAACAAAAUCCUCUUUGAUUUGCGGCAACAGAAAGAAAAUAUGCAUAAUGAAAGAAAUAAAUUAUGGAGGGAAGAAAAUGUUAUGCAGCAAUCCAUAUCGUCAAUAAAAGAGGAGCUUAGCAAAAAGGAAGGCAUGCUUAGAUCUCUAAUUGGAAAAGCCACCUUGAAGGGAAUAGACAGUGUUAGGAGAGUGCUUCAAGCAAUAGGCGAACAACAAAAUAGACCAGAUAUUGUGAGUGGGUACCACGGUCUUCUCAUUGAACUUUUUAGUUGUGAAAAGACUUUUUACACUGCCGUUGAAGUAACCGCUGGAAAUAGGCUAUUUCAUCACGUAGUGGAUACAGACAAGAUAGGCACGAAGCUUUUGAUGGAGAUGAACAAGCACAACUUACCUGGUGAAGCUACCUUUUUACCUCUUAACAAAUUGGAAGUCAGGGAUAUUGAGUACCCUAAUAAUUCUGAUUGCAUUCAGAUGAUAGAAAAGUUGCAUUUUGAUAAAGAAAAAUUUGGUGUUACCAUGAAACAUGUCUUCGGAAGAACUUUGAUAUGUAGAAACAUGGAAACCUCGACCCAACUGGCAAGAACUCAAAAUUUGGAUUGCAUAACUUUAGAUGGCGAUCAGGUUAGCAGGAGAGGUGCCUUAACGGGGGGUUAUUAUGACACCAGGAAAUCUAGGCUGGAAUUGCAAAAAGGAAAAACAGAAUUGUUGGAUCAACUCAAAGAACAAGAGGCAGCUUUCGGGGAUCAUAAAACCAAAAUAAACGAUAUCGAAGGUAAAAUCAACCAGGUGUUGAGCGAGAUCCAAAAAACGGAAAUAAAGAAUAGUAAAUUCAAAGACGUCUACGAAAAAUUGAAAGGAGACAUGAAACUCAUGAAACAGGAGAUCCAGAAUAUCGAAAAAUCAAUUUCUUUCAAAGAAAAAUCUCAAACUAACCACGAAUCCACUAUGACUAGCAUGAAGUACCAAAAGAAAUCACUCGAGAGUGAGAUGGGCACUGACCUCGUGUCCCAGUUGUCACUCUUUGACCAGGGCGAGAUGGAAGAUCUUAACGCUACUAUAAGGGACCUCAUCGACGCUGGUAAAGCUGCUUUUACACAUAGGAUGAAGUUUGAAGCCGAAAAGAACAAGAUCGAAAGCAAUCUGACCAAUAAUCUGAUGAGACGUAAAGACGAAUUGAUCAACGCCAUGAACGAAAUCAGUUGGGAGGAAAGAAAUUUCAAACUUUGCGAGCUCAACCAGGAAUGUGAACAUUUGACUGAUAAAAUCAAAGAAAUCACGGAAAGGAGCACCGAGUUGGAAAAGUCAAAUGAUAAUCUGGCCUUCGUGCAGCGGGAGCUGGCUUCCGAAUAUGAAAAUGCCAAGAGCAAAGAGAAGGAAUUUCAGGACAGGAUUAAUGACGACGCUAAAGAUCUCGAAAAAAUGAGCAACAAACAAAGUCUACUCUUGAAAAAGAAGGAAGAGUGUAUCACCAAAAUCAGGGAACUAGGCACCCUUCCUUCAGACGCUUUUGAUAAAUAUCGCGACCUGACGCUCAAACAACUUUUCAAAAAACUUGAGCAAGUCAAUCGUGAUCUCAAGAAAUACAGCCACGUCAAUAAAAAGGCUUUAGAUCAAUUCGUAAGUUUUUCUGACCAGAAAGAAAAAUUGAUAAAUAGGAAAGAAGAAUUAGAUCGAGGUCAUGAAUCCAUAAGUGAAUUAAUGCAAAUUUUGGAACAGAGAAAAUAUCAAGCUAUUCAGCUGACAUUCAAACAAGUCUCCAACUACUUUACGGAAGUUUUUAAGAAGCUUGUGCCAGAAGGCAACGGUAUGUUAGUCAUGAAAAAGGGCGAAAUUGAAGAAAACGAAGACUCCCCUUUCUAUACUAACAGUGGCGCAGAAGUCAAUAAAAACGACGUAGCCGAUCAGGGGAUGGCAAGUGGCUCGAACGUUCAACAACAUUCUUUACCUCUCAUAGAGCAAUUUACUGGUGUUGGGAUAAAGGUGUGUUUUAGUGACCCUAAGGACAAAAACUUUCCGGGCGGGACCGAAAUGAGGGAAAUGCAACAGUUGUCGGGUGGCCAAAAAUCUCUAGUAGCUUUGGCACUCAUAUUCGCUAUUCAAAAAUGCGACCCUGCUCCUUUUUAUCUGUUUGACGAGAUUGACCAAGCUCUUGAUACACAGCACAGGAAAGCUGUUUCUCAAAUGAUUCAUGAAUUAUCACAAGAUGCUCAAUUUAUAACGACGACAUUUCGACCCGAGUUAUUAGAACAUGCCGAUAAAUUUUACGGGGUCACCUUCAAAAAUAAGGUAAGUCAUGUUGAAGCAGUAUCUCAAGAACAGGCUAAGGAUUUUGUCGAAGACGAUACUUCACAUUCAUAAUGAACAUUUUAAAUAUAACUACUAUAAUUAGAAUUAUAUUAACAUCCAGAUUCUAAAAAAUGUACUUUGUUUUUUUAAAUUAUCCAUUAUUAAAUAUUGAUUUGUAUAUAAAUAUAAUUAUAUUUUUAAUAGAAGAAAAUUAUAUUUUAAAUAGCUAAUACAAUAUUAAAUGUUUUUAUCAUAAUUUUGUAUUUAUAAUCAGGCCUGUCAUUUCCAAAAAGAGGGAUCAAAAUCUACGAUCGACCUUUAUGCUGGAGCUAAAUUAACUAAUAUAAAAAUAAAUAACCCGUUUUU